AUCUACAAAAAGCUCGAACCACUUCAGAAAGUCAAUCGCUAUCGCCUGCCACCAUCCUGUUUUUUGCGUCCGUCUGUGGUCGUUCGGGUUCUGUCAGUGGAAGCGGUGUUUCUUUUCAGGCAAAAAGAACGAAAGAUGGCGGCAAACAUUCAAGCAGCGCUGGAGCGGCAGCUGAUGGAGAGUGCCAAGAUUGCGGAGGAGAUGCUCGACGCCGAGAUCGACAAGUUGGAGAAAAUGGCCGACGACGACCUGGAAGGCCUACGUCAGAGGCGCCUGGAUGCCAUGAAGCGGCUGGAGAAGAAGAAGCGGGACUGGCUGUCCAAGGGCCACGGGGAGUACUCGGAGCUCUCCUCGGAGCCCGAGUUCUUCGAGGCGUGCAAGCGCAGCGAGAACGUCGUCGUGCACUUCUACCGGGGCAGCACCUUCCGCUGCAAGAUCGUCGACAAGCACCUGGACAUCCUGGCCAAGAAGCACCUGGAGACCCGCUUCCUCAAGAUCAGCGUGGACAAGGCCCCGUUCCUCUGCGAGCGCAUGAAGAUCCGUGUGCUGCCCACCAUCGUGCUCUUCAAGGACUUUGUGUCCAAGGACAUGAUUGUGGGCUUCGACAGCCUCGGGGGCACGGACGACUUCAGCACCGAGAUGAUGGAGUGGCGCAUCGCACGGGCGGGCAUCCUCAACUACGCGGGAGACCUGACAGUUCCGCCCAACGAAGCCAAGCCAGAACGCAAGCCAGCUUUCGCCUUCCAGCGCAAGACGAUCCGCGGAAAGCCUGGCGACGACGACAGCGACGACGACUGAUUCUUUUGUUUGAUCGUUAAUUUUUGCAAUGGUACCGGGUGCUUUUAGAAAGGCUGCCAUGCCGGUUUCAUGGCAGCACCGGUUUACGAGCUGGCUUUCGGAGAAUAUUCGACGGAUCUCAAUUCCCGGAUUUCUGCGGCAACACAUUUAGUUUUUUUCAGCUAGAAAAAGGUCCAAGCUGUCUUUUGGGGAAUAUCCGAUAGGUCUCGGUUCCCGGCCUUCUGCGACAAUACAUUUGGUAUUUUUAAACUGGGAAAUGGUCCAACCGUCCAAGCUAUGCACGCUUUCUAUCUCUAGAGCAUCUCUACGUUAUUUUAUUUUCAAUAUAUUUCUUUCUCAGAUUCUUAAUUGAACUUUUAAAAUUCCAUGUUCGACAUGUCUGUAAAAUCUUUUUGUCGAUGACUGGAGGGAUAGUGACUACGCGAGGGAUCUAAACUAAGAAUAUUUUCUGGUUUUCUUUCACCUUGAAUGUGUGUCCAAAGCCCUGAAAAGGAGGGUCUAUCGUUGACUUCUGAAAAUCCUGCGUCCUCUUCUGUGUUUGGUAUUGAUUCCAGUGUUACCGUGAAAUACUGAGGAUUGCCCACCCCACUUUCACUGAAAACUGGGUUAAUCUAGACGUGGAUGCUUAUCCGGCCUAAUCGGGGGCUUAAUGUGUAGUUUGCAGAAUUCCCAAGUUUGGCAAAUGUUAAUAGUGGGCGCUUUUGCGGUAUUUUACGAUAGUCGCUAUUUAUUAACAAAAACGAAAAGGCCAUCAUUAUUUAUUACACAUGCCAUGCAAGCAAUGAAGAAACUGCAAAUAAAAAUGAUUUUGUGGAGGGGCUUCGUUUAGGUUAUAUGUUGGGUCAUCUGUCAUUAUCAAUACUUCUAUUUAUUAUUUUAUGUCAUCAAAUCAAAUUUAUGAAAUUUUUGAUUCAGCUGAAGGUUAUGACCCUCAAGCAGGAAGUUUUGUGUACUUAAAGUUUUAUGUUAAUAUUUUUUUAAAGAACUUUGCAUUCCCAUAACUGUACACAUCGUCGGAUUCCUCGGUUGAAGUAAUGAAUGUAAAAUAAUAUUUUACGUUCCCUUCAAAAUUUGGGAAGAAAACAAUGGAAAGCUGUAUGCAGCAUCUUUUUACUGUCACUUUGCAAAAUUAAAUUUUCUAAAUAAAAGGUAAAAAACAA